CCGAACGAGCUGGAAUGGAGGAGAGGCAACAUGCCUAACGUCGAAGAUCUGCGUUCGCCCUUCAGCAUAGAGAGCGUGCGUUUCCACGACUACUGCUGUCCUGCGGUCUGCGCUAAGAUGUUGAACCUGGAUAUUUCGUCCCCGCUUCUCCCCCUCCUCCUCCUGCUCUCCAUCCUGUUGCCGGGCUACGGUUGCCGGGCGGCGGACAUUCCAGAGGACACCACAUCGGAGUUCUCGGUCAGACUCUACCACCAGCUGCAGGCAGCAGGGAGUCAGGAAAACAUCAUUUUUUCCCCUCUGAGUGUGGCUGUUGCUCUCGGCAUGGUGGAGCUGGGAGCUGGGGGGGCUUCGCUGGAGGAGAUCCGAGAGGCUGUGGGAUUUAACCACAUGCUGCCGGGCCUGGAGUUCUCUUUGCUCCAGAACUUGACAGAGGCGCUUUCCGAUGAUGACGCUCACUACGUGAUCCGCUUUGCAAACGCCCUUUUCCUGCAGGAAGGCAUCAGCUUUAACCCGGAGUUUCUACAUCUGAUGAAGAAAUAUUUCCGAGCCGAAGUAGAAAACGUGGAUUUCAGCGAAUCCUCUGCAGUUGCUGACCGGAUCAACAACUGGGUGGAGAACCACACAGAGCGUAAGAUCCGCUCGCUGCUGUCCGCUGAAGACUUCAGCAGCAUCACCCGUCUGACUCUGGUGAACGCCGUCUAUUUCCGAGGCUCCUGGAAAAACCAGUUCAGGCCAGAGAACACCAGGACCUUUUCCUUUAGCAGAGACGACGGCUCAGAGGUUCAGACCCUGAUGAUGUAUCAGCAGGGAGACUUUUACUAUGGUGAGUUCAGUGAUGGAUCCCAGGAGGCAGGCGGUGUGUACCAAGUGCUGGAGAUGCCCUACGAGGGAGAUGACAUGUCCAUGAUGAUCGUACUGCCUCGGCAGGAGGUUCCCCUGGCUUCCCUAGAGCCCAUCAUCAAAGCACCGCUGCUAGAGGAGUGGGCAAACAAUGUCAAACGGCAGAAGGUGGAGGUGUACCUGCCAAGGUUUAAAGUGGAGCAGAAGAUUGAUCUGAGGAGCAUCCUGCAGGAGCUGGGAAUUACAAAAAUCUUCAACAAUGACGCCGAUCUCUCUGCUAUGACAGAUGGUAAGGACCUGUACAUCGGAAAGGCAGUGCAGAAGGCUUACCUGGAGGUCACAGAGGAAGGUUCAGAAGGAGCUGUUGGAUCUGGAAUGAUUGCCCUGACCAGGACUCUGGUGCUGUACCCGCAGGUCAUGGCGGAUCACCCAUUCUUCUUUGUCAUCAGAAACAGAAGGACAGGCUCAAUCCUCUUCAUGGGAAGAGUCAUGACCCCCGAAGUCGUUGACCCCUUCGACCCAGACUUCGACUCCAUUUAGUCGACACGGACGGCCGCUCUAUCUCUGCAAAUCAAAUCUUGACAUCAUAAAUGCUACCUAUUCUCUAUCGCCACCCUCAGCUGUAUUUUAUACUCUUUACAAAGAAUAUUAUCCUAUUAGUAUAUGAUAUAGAAAAUAUGACAUACAGCAUAGUGUAUGAUGUUACUGUGUUUUAUACUUGGAGCUUUAAAUUCUUGGAUACAGACAAGCAGGCAAAGAUUGAUGUAAAUAUUUGGGAGUAAAGUGCGGUUUGUAUGAGCACGGACACACUGUAUGUAAUCCAUGCAUCCCCCUUUAAGUUCAGCUCAGCAGCUUCUGCUCUUUACUCACUUGCUAAAAAUCAAAAGGCACAUGAAAUAUAACACUUUAAGAGCGACGCUACUGUAACAUUCUUGUACGAUUGGCAUUGUGUUCUGUGUACAUGAAUAUGCUUACUAUUUAUUGCAGAUUGAACUGCGAGAGCUUAACCUUCCUAAAAAUAUCUUAGUAUCUUUGCAUCGGGACGAUUUUCUCUCUGAUGUAGGAACAUGGUUAACUACUGAAAAAAUGACUAUGCCUUAUCAUAUGCGAAUGGUUCAUUGAGCCUGCGCUUGGCAUCUUACAGGUAGGCCGAGGGGAUUUUGUAACUAGGCCAUGUUACCAUGGAGACGGAGGAUGCAGGUAGAUCUGAAAUCGUUUGGAUGUACAAUUUGAAGGAAACCGUAACACCAGCUGUAUUGAUUAUUUUAUCUGACAAAACAUGAAUGUGUUUUCUUUAAAUCUGUCUCUCUCUAAAUAUAUAUAUAUAUAGAGAUAUAUAACCUUUUGUGUGUGAAGAUUAUGCUUUUGUAUUGCUGAAGGACACUAGGCUUAAAACAACAUGGCUUGAAAGUUACUUAACUGUUAGAAGAACAUAUAAACUUCUGCUAUGUCUGAGCUGGGUUAUUUGAAUAAAAUUAGGAAAUGAGAAAAAAAUCAAUAAAAGGCAUUUUUUCU